UUGGGACUAAAGAGGCGUGACGGGCACUGCGCCAACAAUCGUCAUUUGGAACUUUCUCUUUCGCGAGGAGAGUUGACUCAAAUAAGUCUAGCGCUGUUCAACCUAACUAAACCAUCGAUUCAUGGAGGAGUGCUGGUGCCGCUUUUCUUUUUUCGGACACAUCAACUGGGAUAUGUACGCCACCUUUGACAAAAGUAUGAGCAAUAUAGGCCUACAUUACAUGGUUGUCCUCCUAAUCUGGGCCCUCAACCCCAUGGCGGCAGCUCAGUCUGGCCUUAAAUUGACACGGACAGGAGGUAGCGUCAGAAACUCGAAACAGCGGGACAUCUCAUGCCGGGAAAACCUGGAGCACCCACAUGACAACAUCUGCUGUUUAAACUGCCUAGCUGGUACAUAUGUCAAAGCGUACUGCACACGUGCCUUGGAGAGGGGAACGUGUGAGACCUGUGAGUUUGACACAUACACUGAACAUGGCAACGGACUACGACAGUGCUUGAAGUGCACCACGUGUCACUCAGAUCAGGUGACUACGAAGGCAUGCACCAUCACUCAGGACAGAGAGUGCCGGUGUAAACCUGGGUUAUUCUGUGCCCCUGACCAAGCCUGUGAGGUGUGCCAAAAGUGCUUAAGAUGUAAAGAGAACGAGGUGAGGCUGAAGAACUGCACCGCCACGUCCAACACGGUGUGUAAGGCCAGACUGCCCACAUCCAGCACCAUCUCAGGUACAAGACCAGGUCCAGCGGGUGUUGUUGUGAUUGUGGUGGCAGUACUGGGAAUCACUGCUGCAAUUGCCGCUGUCCAUUGGAAGAGGCGAAAUUGCUGUAAAAGGAGAGACUCCCAGAAUAAUCCCAGUGAGACGCUGAAAAUUGAGGUGGAUGAUCAAAACAACAGGUCGAUUGAGCAGAGGCAGAACAACCGGAGUGCUGUGCAGGAUGACACACGGCUCCAUCCUUUGCUGGAGCUGACCCUGGUGGUGGGCGCCAACACCCCCUCAGCCGAUGAGGACAAUGGACUGGGCGACAGCCUCCACAACACCACCAACUCCUCCCAGUCCAGUUUGUCCGCACUACCCUCAUCCUCCCCGCUUUCCAGCCCUUCGGCCAAGAGGCAGCCUGGCACUGCGGCUACGGAAGAUGUCCUCAGAAAACUUGCUCCUUUGAAUGGUGACGAGUCCUUGAAGAAAAGUUUUGAACUUUUUGAAGAGCUGGACGUUUACUACCAUAACAGAUUCUUCAGGCACAUCGGACUCAGUGACAAUGCUAUAAAAAGCACUGCACACCUUCAUCCUGAAGACCGAGUCUAUGAACUGUUAAAAGUAUGGUUGGAAAUGGUGGGCAGGCAAGCCGACAUGAAUGACCUAAUCAAAGCCUUGCUUUAUUUGGACCAAAAGUUAUCAGCAGAAAAUAUUAUUUAUAAAGCCAUUGAAAAUGGUUAUUAUGAAUAUGCAGUAAAUUAAUAUGCAGAAAGUAAAAUUGCUUUAGGAAAGUAUAAAGACCCCUUCCCUUUUCCCACAUUUUGUUACGUUACAGCCUUAUUAUAAAAUGGAUUAAAUAAAAAAUCUUCAUCAGUUAACACACAACCCCGUAAUGACAAAGCGAAAACAGGUUUUUAGACAUUUUUUGCAGAUUACUUAUUUGCAUAAGUAUUCAGGCCCUUUGCGAUGCGACUUGCAAUUGAGCUCAGGUGCAUUCUGUUUCCAUUGAUCACCCUUGAGAUGUUUCUACAAUUUGUGGUAAAUUCAAUUGAUUAGACAUGAUUUGGAAAGGCACACACCUGUCUAUAUAAGGUCCCACAGUUGACGGUGCAUGUCAGAGAAAAAAUCAAGCCAUGAGGUCAAAUGAAUUGUCCGUUGAGCUCCGAGGCAGGAUUUUGUCAAAGCACGGAUCUGGGGAAGGGGUACCAAAACAUUUCUGAAGUAUUGAAGGUCCUCAAGAACACAGUGGCCUCCAUCAUUCUUAAAUGGAAGAAGUUUGGGACCACCAAGACUCUUCCUAGAGCUGGCCGCCUAGCCAAACUGAGCAAUAGGGGGAGAAGGGCCUUGAUCAGGGAGGUAACCAAGAACCCGAUGGUCACUCUGACAGAGUUCCUCUGUGGAGAUGGGAGAACUUUCCAUAAGGACAACCAUUCUGCAGCACUCCACCA